AUGCGAAAAGAUUGGAUUCGUACUGAAGAAGAAAAACAAUUAAGACAAUUAGUAAAAUUAGCAAGAGAACAAAAGAAAACAAAUAGUCUACUAAAUGAUCAGCAAUCUCUUAUUACUCUUCCAACAGCUCUACGAAAGAAACGACGUUUGAUGAUAAAGCCAACAAGCCAAGAACUUGUUGAUAAUCCAAUUUAUCAAAUCAGUUUGUUUGGUUCUAAUUAUAUUCUACAUGACAACGAUCGAAUAUUAUUAAAUAAUAUAAAUAAUGCUUAUCAAUUGGUAGCAGCUAAAAUUGAUUACUCUUACACCAAUCAAUUUACAUCAUCGUCUUCUCUUUUGCAGUUUAUGAAUAACGAAAGUAUUAUGCACGAAUCAUUAAUAUAUUUUUUUAAAAGUAUACCUGAAUUUAAACAAUUAGAUAUAAAUGAUCAAAUCAUAUUGAUCAAAUCUAAUUUUAAUAAUAUUAUACAUCUACAUUAUAUGAUAAUGCGUAAUUUUCAAGAUCGUUCAGACAUUGGUAAACAUAUGUCUAAAUGGAUAAAUGAAGUUUUUCAUUAUGAAAUGACUCGAACACAUCGAUAUUUUUAUCGUUUUAUGAAUUAUCCAUUAUUAUUAAAACUUACAUUAAUUGUUUUUAUCUUUAGUGUUAAUUUAUCUGCAUCAUGGAAUAUGAAUCAAUUUUAUGAAUAUAAAAAUAAGAGAAUCCUACUUGAGUUUCAAAAUUUUUAUACGACUAUUCUAUGGCGUUAUUUAAAUUAUUUAUUUGUCGAAAAAGAAGCAGUAAAAGCAAUGGAAAUAAUAGUUAUGCAAAUUUUACGUUAUCAGUUAUUAAUGGUAACAAUGACGAAUUCUGUAAGGCAAAGUUCAGACUGUGAUCAAUUUCAUUCAUUAAUGAAAUCUAUAUUUGGACUUGUUUAA